GAAAGAGAGAGAGUGAGAGAGAGAGACAGAGAGAGACAGAGGAUAUUUUCCAGGAUUUUUCCAGGGUAUUUGUGAGGAAAACUGCGGGGUCUCAGCAUGGCAAGCAGAUCCAGUUUUAUUUUGCCCCCUGUGCUACUUUGGAUCUGUAUUCUGCUGGCAGACUCAAAAUGCACCAUUAAAGAAAACAAAGCCUUCUGUCUCCUGAGAAACCUGCACGAGGUUCCAGCUUUGCCUCCCAAUAUAACUGCUUUGGAUCUGAGUUUAAAUUACAUCGGUGAAAUCCAUGAGAAAUCAUUCGAAGGUUUGGAAGCGCUACAAAUCCUUAAGAUCCAGCAACAGGAAGUCAAACUUAUCUUGAGAAAGAAUGCCUUUAGAGGACUGUCCAAUCUGAAAGAACUAAAUCUGGGGUACAACAGGGACCUACAAAUGGAUCCGGGAGCAUUUAAUGGAUUAUUCAACCUUCAGAUUCUCAUUCUUUCAGAGUGCAAGUUAAACGAUUCUAUUCUUUCAGGAGACUAUCUGAGACCUCUGGUGUCUCUGGAGGAGAUUUUACUCUCUGGAAAUAAUAUACGUCGAAUCCGUCCCGCUUCUUUCUUUGCCAACAUGAGCAAAUUACACACUGUGGACAUUUCUAAUAACUGGAUUAACAGUUUUUGUGAAGAAGAUCUGUUCCAUUUCCAAGGAAAACAAUUCACUCUGUUCAAAUUGAGUGGUAUCAAAAUGUCUGAUAUGAAUCCAUAUUGGGACUCGUGGAGUAAAUGUGGAAACCCGUUCAAGAACAUGUCUAUUAAGGUGCUUGAUUUGUCUCUAAACAGCUUCAGUGUUGACAUAACAGUGCUGUUCUUUAAAGCAAUCAGAGGAACCAGAAUUCACCAUCUGAUCCUUAAUUCCAGCGGCAGCAUGGGAAAGGGAGUUUGGUACAACAACAUGAGAGACCCAGACAGGAAUACGUUUAAGGAUCUGUCUGAGAGCGGCAUUAAGACUCUGGAUCUGUCCAAAGCCAGAAUUUAUGCUCUUAAGAAUUCAGUAUUCAGUCACAUGCCAGAUCUGAUAGAAAUCUCAUUAGCUGAUAAUGUAAUUAACCAGAUUGAAAGAGAUGCUUUUAAUGGACUGGACAAUUUAAGAAUUCUCAAUCUGUCCAAUAACCUUUUGGAUAAAAUUCAUUCAGAAACUUUUAAUCAUUUACAAAGUCUCGAGACACUGGAUUUAUCUAAUAAUAAUAUAAGGAUGCUUAUGCGAGAGUCAUUUCAAGGACUGAACAGUUUGGUUCACCUUCUUCUCUCAGAAAAUUCCUUACAGGAUGUACACACACUAGCAAACCUUCCACAACUCAAAACGCUCUUCUUGGACAAUAACAAAAUUACAUCAUUGUACGGUCUCCCGAGCCAAACAAGAAACGUCACAACCAUUGAUCUGAGGUACAACAGAUUAGAUAAUGCUGAGAGCGUCUACACCAUCUUAGUAGAAUUCCCCAAAAUUGAAAAAAUAUCUCUUGGAGGCAACAUGUUUUCAUGGUGUACACCUAAUCAGAAAUAUUCAGUGUCACCUUCAAACCAUGUACAAUUUCUUGACCUCCACCUCACCGGCUUACAAAAUCUCUGGGUACAAGGACGGUGUCUGGACAUGUUUGACCACCUUCACCAGCUGCAGAUGCUUUACCUUCAGUAUAACUCAAUUCGUUCUCUUCCUAAAGACAUUUUCAAGGGACUCACUUCGUUGCAGACUUUAGAUUUAUCCUUCAACUCUAUCACCUACAUAUCUAACCCUAACGUGUUCCCGAAAAGUCUGAGGACACUCAAGCUUGCUCGCAAUCAUCUCGGGUCUGUCAAUCCAAAAGCCUUCAGCAGCCUGACCACAUUAGAGUUGUCUGGAAACCGUUUUCUUUGCGACUGCAGCUUGAGGGUCUUCCAGAGAUGGUUAAGUCAGACAGAUGUGAAGCUGUUAAGCCCUCCUGAGGAACUGAGGUGCGAGUAUCCCAAACAGCAGCGAGGGAAGUCUCUCCUGCAUGCCGCAUUGUGCAGGGACAAAAUGUAGUGAAAAGCAUGAGAGGAUCUGUAAAGGUUUAUUUCUUAUUGAUGAAAUCAUUCGAUUGUAAUCAAUGGGACAUGGUAGUGAUUUUGGAUUUUGAUCAACAGAUCAUGAGUUCAAAUCCCAGGCCUGAGAGUAAAGCCUUUAAGAUUAGAUUAGAUUAGAUUCAACUUUGUCAUUGUGCAAGGUAGAGUACAUGUACAGAGCCAAUUGCUUACAUUUACGCCGCUUGUCAGCCGGCGUUAUCCAGAACUGACGAGUGCAUCUUUGAGCUUACGUUCAAUACGAGUCAAAUACUCAAGUACUGUUCAAAUCAGAUACUCGAAUACUUUUACUCAAGUCAUAUUGGAAUUGGUGACUUUGAACUAUCUAUAACUACACUUUUACCUCUGUAGUUUGAUGAUGCUGGGAUUUGAACUCAUGACUUUCCAAACCAAUGUCCAAUGCCUUAACCACUGAGAUACCACUCUCGAGAAAAAUAUUCUAAUCAACCCUUAUCUAGCGUGUGUUUUAAUCAAACCAAUAUUAAUCCAACAAAUUGACCUAAUAAUUAGUUUAGAAUGUAUUAGAUACAAUAGAAGUAGCCUGAUUAAAGCUAUUUAGCCUAUAUGCUAAUCUCAUGUAACCUAUUUACUCCAAGUAUAAUUAAAAUAAUAAUAAUCA